GUUCGCUCCCGCACGCCCUAGGCAAAGUGCAGAAAGCAGUAGAUUUUUGGAAAAUCAGACGACAGAUAAGAGUAGAAAGGAAAACAAACAAGAAAAAGAAAAUCCCAAAAUGGCGAAGCCUCGGAAGCAGAAGGCCGAGGAUCAGAGAGCUGAGAACUCGGGCGCUGUCGUCCGCCAUCAGAAGCUCUGCAUCUCCGUCGACAUGUCUAACCGCCGCAUUUACGGGUAUACUGAACUGAAGGUUGUUGUACCAGAGAGUGGGCGUGUUGGAUUGCAUGCUGAUAAUAUGACCAUCGAUUGUAUAUCUGUAGAUGGAGAACCGGCUGACUUUGAAUUCUUACCACACUAUCAACUCGUUGAGGAUGAACAGAAAUGGCGUUCCGUAUCAUGCACUAAUUCUGCUGCUGAUGCUGCAUGCUCGUCAUAUAUCUCUUUUCUAGAUAAAGAAGUGGCUCCCAAUCUAUUCAUUUCGUGUUGUGAGUCAGUGAAAUCAGCAAGUGACCCACAGCGGCAAGCAAAUGGGGAGGACAGUUCACGAUACUCAUGUGGUGAUAGCAAGCAAGCUCAUACUGGCAACAAUGGACAUGCAAUGCAUGAGAAUGUGAAAUCGGUUCGCAUUGACUAUUGGGUAGAUAAAGCAGAAACGGGCAUUCAUUUCAAGGACAACGUGCUACACACUGAUAACCAGAUAAGGCGUGCACACUGCUGGUUCCCUUGUAUUGAUAGUAGUUUGCAACGUUGCUGCUACGAUCUGGAAUUUACAGUUGAUGCUAAUCUUGUGGCUGUCAGCAAUGGAACCUUACUUUAUCAGGUCUUGAGCAAAGACAAUCCUCCACGCAAAACAUAUGUUUAUAGAUUAAGUGUUCCUGUUACUGCCAGGUGGAUAUCACUAGCAGUAGCACCAUUCGAAAUUCUUCCAGAUCGCCAUAAUGGCAUUUUAUCACAUAUAUGCUUGUCGUCAAGCAUUUCAAAGCUUCAAAAUACAGUCGGGUUUUUCUAUAGUACAUUCAGCCAUUAUGAGGAUUACCUUUCUACUUCAUUUCCAUUUGGUUCCUACAAACACGUUUUCAUUACCCCUGAAAUGGCUAUUUCCCCUAUGAGCUUGGGUGCCUCAAUGUGUAUCUUCAGUUCUCAAAUUUUAUUUGAUGAGAAGGUUAUUGAUCAGACAAUUGAUACUAGGAUCAAACUUGCAUAUGCCCUUGCAAGGCAGUGGUUUGGGGUCUUCAUAACUGCUGAGGCACCAACUGAUGAAUGGUUACUGGAAGGUCUUGCUGGUUUUCUUACUGAUUCAUUUGUUAAACGAUUUCUUGGAAAUAAUGAAGCACGUUAUCGUCGUUACAAGGCGAACUGUGCCGUUUGUAAGGCAGAUGUUAAUGGUGGAACUGCUUUGAGCUCCUCUGCAGCUUCUACUGACUUGUACGGAACUCAAUGCAUCGGUUUAUAUGGAAAAAUUCGAUCAUGGAAGGCUGUUGCAAUUCUUCAAAUCUUGGAGAAGCAGAUGGGUCCUGAGUCAUUUUGUAAAAUUCUGCAGGCAAUAAUUUCCAGGGCUAAAAACACAACCCGUUCAUUAAGAACUCUUAGUACGAAAGAGUUCAGGCAUUUUGCUAAUAAGGUUGGAAAUCUUGAACGUCCAUUUCUGAAAGAAUUUUUCCCCCGCUGGGUGGGAUCUUGUGGAUGUCCAGUCCUAAGGAUGGGGUUUUCCUACAACAAACGGAGAAAUAUGAUUGAGUUAGCUGUUCUUCGGGGUUGCACUGCAGCAGCAGAUUCAACUAUAUCAGAAUCCAAUGGUAAUCCUGAUAAAGAAACCCGAGAAGGUGAUGCCGGAUGGCCUGGAAUGAUGAGUAUCCGAGUUCAUGAACUUGAUGGAAUGUAUGACCAUCCAAUUUUGCCUAUGGCUGGAGAAACUUGCCAAGUGCUUGAAAUACAGUGCCACUCGAAGCUUUCUGCAAAACGCAUUCAGAAGCAUAAGAAGGGCUCGAAACCUGAUGGCUCUGAUGACAAUGUUGAUCUUGCUCCUACUCUGGAUAUGCGUUCUAGUGCAGAAUCCCCCUUGCUCUGGCUGAGAGUGGACCCGGAAAUGGAGUACCUUGCUGAAAUUCAGUUUCAUCAACCCGUUCAGAUGUGGAUAAAUCAAUUAGAGAAGGACAAGGAUGUUGUUGCUCAGGCACAGGCAAUUGCAAUACUAGAGACUUUACCGCAUCAUUCAUUUUCAGUUGUUAAUGCCCUAAAUAAUUUCCUCACUGACUCAAAGGCAUUUUGGAGAGUCAGAAUUGAAGCUGCUUUGGCAUUGGCACAUACAGCUUCUGAGGAAACUGAUUAUGCUGGUUUACUCCAUCUAAUAAAGUUCUACAAAAGUCGAAGAUUUGAUGCAACCAUUGGAAUGCCUAGGCCAAAUGACUUCCAUGAUUUUUCUGAGUACUUUGUUCUUGAGGCUAUUCCACAUGCAAUUGCAAUGGUUAGAGCAACGGACCAGAAAAGUCCAAGAGAUGCAGUUGAAUUUGUUUCAGAACUGUUAAAGUAUAACGAUAACAAUGGGAAUCCUUACUCUGAUGUCUACUGGCUUGCUGCAUUGGUCCAGUCCAUUGGGGAACUUGAAUUUGGACAGCAGAGUAUUCAGCUUUUAUCAUCACUUCUCAAACGCAUUGAUCGGCUACUGCAAUUUGAUAGGCUAAUGCCCAGCUAUAACGGGAUCUUGACAAUCAGCUGCAUCCGCGCUCUCACGCAGAUUGCAUUGAAGUUUUCAGCCUCCUUAGCACUUGAUCGUGUAUUUGAUCUUAUUAAACCAUUCCGCAAUUUUGAGACGGCUCUUUGGCAAGUUCGAAUUGAAGCAAGUAGAGCACUUCUUGAUCUUGAGUUCAACUGCAAAGGCAUUGAUGAAGCAUUGUCUCUUUUCAUGAUCUUCAUAGAGGAAGAGCCGUCUUUACGAGGACAGGUGAAGUUGGCGGUGCACAUGAUGCACUUGUGCCAAAUAAGAAGUGGCUCCAGAGCUGGUGAUCCUAUAAAUAGCUCCACGCUUGUGGCCUUGCUUUGUCUGCUUGAAAGCCGCAAAUCCUUCAACAAUGUCGUCCUUCGGCAUCACUUGUUCUGUAUUCUACAAAUUCUUGCGGGGAGGCCUCCAACACUAUAUGGUAUCCCAAGAAUCAAAGUACAGCCCACCAUCGAUGUAGAACAUCAAGCCGUCAAUGUAGAACAUCCCUCUGUCAAUGCAGGACAUCCUGCCGUCAAUGCCGAGCAUCCCACUGUAAAUGCUGAUGCUUGCAGCGAACCUGGCAGCGAACCACUUGAAGCCGAGGCAAAACCUGCCCCAUUGAAGCUAAAGCUAUCCAAAACUCAGGAACCUCUUGUGGAAGCACCCCCUUCAAACAUCUUGCCUGACUAUUUACCAGUCCCAGAUCCUCCUAAGGAAGCGGACACUGUUUCUAAUGGAUCUGAACGGAGGGUUGCCAUUGUGAAGAUCAGGGUCAAGCCGCAACCAGCAACAUCCGGUAGAGCAGAUAAUGUCGAUAAUGCAGUGGACAACUCUAGAGGUGCUCAUAAUGAAACUGAAGUGGGACCCAGCAGUUCUGUGUCUGUUGAUGCGCCACCGAGGGUAACAAAUGAGCUGGUGAGCACCAGCCAUCAAAAUCUUGAAGAAGCCAACUCUCACGACCAUGGUUCUCGGAUGACUGCGAGCAUUGGCAGUGCGAAAUUCUUCAAUGACGAUGAGGCCGGCAAAGAACUGCAGUGCACUGCUGACUCAAGGAAAGGUGGCCUGGCUGACGAUCAGUUGUGGCCGAGCAUCAAGUCUAUUAAUACUGGAGAGGCGGAACUGCAGAAGUAUGCAUCUGUUCAAUCUCUUUCAGUUGGUAAGCGGGACGAUGAUGGAGCGUCACUGGCCAAGGAAGAUUGGAAAGGAAAGAAAGAGAAAAAGGAGAAGAAGAGGGAAAAGAAAAGGAAGCGGGAAGGGAAAGCGGGGGAAAAGAGUCACCAGGACGAUCCCGAGUACUUGGAGCGGAAGCGUUUGAAAAAGGAGAAGAGGCAACGCGAGAAAGAGAUGGGGAAGUUGAAGAGUGGAGAACAAAGAGUGUUUUCAGCAGAUUUGCAGAAUUUGGCAAGGACAGUCGAACCACAAGUGAAGGCAACUACAUCGGUGGGGCCGAGGAAAUUGGAAGAGACGGUCGAGUCCAAAAUGUCAAUGGGUGGUGGGGAAACCGGACUUGGGGCUACUGAGGCUACGAAGGGAAGUUCAGUACAUAAGCUUCGAAUCAAAUUGAAGAGUCGGACUAUCAGCAAUUUGUAAAGGUGAUAGAAGAUGCCUUGUAUGAUUAGACUAGAAUGAAAUUUUAGUCCCCAUUUAGUGGAAAUUACAUGAGUUGGAUUUCAUAGUGGGAGGCCUUCCCAGCUGAUGUUUUGUAUGUUAGGGAAAUGACGGAAAACUCCUGAAAGAAAUUAUAAGGGGUUUCAGCCAAGGAGCGCCCGUGAGGAGUUUUGAUCUGAUCCAGUACAAAUUCAUCAGGUUGAAAUUUAUACGUGGGGGCCCAAGUGGCCCAACUAUGAUCAAAGUGCUGUUGUAUAGGCAGGUUCCACUAGAUUGUACAAUUUAAGAUGAUCAUAGACCUGGUAGAUAUGGGUGGCAAGUUCAAUUUCACUCAUACUGUCCAUUUCGUAUGCCAAUGAACAUCCAAUCAUGGUUAUUUUCUUGGUAGUUGCUCCCCAACUCAGCUGUAGGACUUGUACUGGAUAAUGGUCUGAGAAAUUGUUCAUUUUGUUGCAGUGCAACUAGGAGAUAGGCCUUGCAUUGGCCAAUUUUGAUGUCA